AUGUCGAAUUUCGAUCCCAACGCCAUAUUGCGUGGAGCACAGCUCACACUCGUCGGAGCACACCGUGCCCUUCAAAACCCAAAUCUCUUCACUACAAGUCAUUAUCGACAAGCAGCUGUGGCUGUAUGUGCUGGUCUAGCCAUCCGUAUCAUUCUCAACAUCCCAAUUUACUUGGUCAAAUUCCUUCUCUUGAUCAUCUCCGUCUUCAUCAAUCUGGACCAUGAAACCUGGGAUGACAAGCUCAUCUCUGGUUUGGACUUUAUAUCCAAGUCGGUCCUCCAAGUGCCGUUCUUCCUCAUGAUGGUUAUGUCCUCCGUCACACCUACAUUGGACAACCUCUUCAUGGACAGUCUCCGAUGGGUCGACUCGACAUAUAUCCAGAAACACCAGUCCGACGAUCCUACCACCUUGCGGGCUAUGUAUUAUCCCUCACUAAGGAUGUAUAGCACUCACGGCGAACGAGAGAAGAAGGAACAACGCUCCCUUCUUGACGGCGUCAUGUUAUUUAUGACAAAAUACGCGCGCCGCGCUGGCAUCUCUCUGGCAGUAUAUCUCCUGACCUUUCUCCCUCUGAUAGGACCCCUUGUGCUCCCUUUGGCCAGUUUCUACACCUUCAAUAAAUCGGUGGGCCCUGUCCCUGCAGGCAUCAUCUUCGCCUCAGGUCUCAUCAUCCCUAAGCAUUACAUGGUCUCAUUCCUGCAGACUUACUUUUCUAGCCGAAGUCUCAUGUCCAGACUUCUGGAGCCCUACUUCCACCGCAUCCGCUUUACAAAGGCUCAGAAAAAGCUCUGGUUCUUGGACCGCAGCGGUGUCCUCUUUGGGUUUUCCGCCGCAUUUGCCGUCAUGGUCAAGAUUCCACUAUUGGGUGUUUUGAUUUAUGGCAUUGCAGAAGCGAGCACAGCAUACCUUAUCACCAAAAUCACCGAGCCGCCUCCACCACCCAGCAGUUCAGGGCAGGGGGACAAGGCUUGGAUUGAAAGCGAGGUCAGGUGGAAGAAUAAACAUCUGUUCCUGGAUUUACCACUGGCACGAUUGGAUGAGUUUAAUGCGAAGCUCACUGGGGCGGAGAAUAGGUUUAGCGCAGGACCAGAGGCUGUUCGACGAAAAUUCACCUAG